ACUUACAAUGGCUCCCGACCUUAAGAAUUACGAUGAAGAGCAGGCCCGUCUGAUGGAAGAGAUGUGCAUCAUUAUUGAUAAGGAUGAUAAACCCAUUGGCGCUGAUUCCAAAAAGACUUGCCAUUUGAUGGAUAAUAUCAACAACGGACUCUUGCACCGUGCUUUUAGUGUUUUCUUAUUUGACUCUCAAAACAGACUGUUGCUCCAGCAGCGUGCUAGUGAGAAGAUCACCUUUCCUGAUAUGUGGACCAAUACUUGUUGCUCUCAUCCAUUGAACACACCCUCAGAGUUGGUCGAGAAGGAUCAACUUGGUGCCCGUACUGCAGCUCAACGCAAGUUGGAUCAUGAACUCGGAAUUCCUGCUCAUCAGGUUCCUCUUGAUUCUUUCAAGUACCUGACACGCAUUCAUUAUCUUGCUCCUAGUGAUGGACUUUGGGGAGAGCAUGAGAUUGAUUACAUCUUUUUCGUAAAGGCAGAUGUCACAGUCAAGCCUAGCCCAAAUGAAAUCAGAGAUAUCAAGUAUGUCACUCCAGACGAGUUGCGUGCCAUGUUUGCUGAUCCUAAUGUGCCAAUGACCCCCUGGUUCAAGCUCAUCUGUAACACAUUUUUGUUCGAUUGGUGGAAGAAGAUUGACACAAUUGAAACCGAAAAAGAUACCAAGACCAUUCACCGCCUUGGCUUCUAAAAGAAAGGAAUUAAAAUAAAAAGUUGAUAGUGCGAGGUGGGGGCGGAUCAAAAACCAAAAAAAAAAAGGGAAAAGGAAAAGGAAAAGUAAAGAGGUCUAAUGAUGAUAGGAUACCCCUCCCCUUCCUCCCCUCCCCCUCCACCUCCACCUUUAAUUUUUUCUUUUUAUUAUUAUUAUUAUUAUUAUUAUUAUUAUUACCACAAUUACAAGUAACAACCACAAGAAGGAUUCAAUUUAAUUUUGUUUCAAUUCAGUUCAAUUCAGUUCAAUUC